AUCAGUUAAGCAGAUUUUCAAGCUAAAGAAACUUAACUAAGAUGCGAUUCCUUCUUUUGGCCUUCUCCGUUGCUUUGGUGCUUUCACCAACAUUCGCCAAACCAGGUCUUUGGGACAUUGUAACUGGUAUUAAUGAUAUGGUAAAAAAUACUGCGAAUGCACUCAAAAAUCGUCUAACAACUUCUGUGACAUUAUUCACAAAUACCAUCACCGAAGCUAUAAAAAAUGCAAAUUCUUCUGUUUCGGAACUCCUUCAGCAAGUCAAUGAAACCCUUACGGAUAUUAUUAAUGGUGUAGGACAAGUGCAGAGUGCCUUUGUGAAUUCAGCUGGAAAUGUUGUUGUGCAAAUUGUUGAUGCCGCUGGAAAUGUUUUGGAAGUUGUUGUUGAUGAGGCUGGAAAUAUCGUGGAGGUAGCUGGAACAGCAUUGGAAACUAUCAUUCCACUGCCCGGUGUAGUGAUUCAGAAGAUAAUUGAUGCUCUCCAAGGAAAUGCAGGGACUACAUCGGAUUCAGCUUCAUCAACUGUGCCCCAACAAUCUUAACUACAACCGCAAUGAUGUUGUCUUUAACGGAGAAUUUUUAAAUUUGAAUAUCAAAAUCCAAGAUGAAAUAUUCAGAUUUUUCAAUCAAUAUGAUACGAAAUUUUGAAAUUAUUUUUCCGACUAAAGCAAUUUGUAAAAGGAAAACCAAAUAAAUAUUUGAAAUUGUAGAAUAA